AUGUUCUCCCCGUCUUACUCUUACCGCUCCACUCCCCGCGACAAAUACCUUGCCGCCAUUGCCCAGGCGCAGGCUGCUGAAGCUGAAUAUCUUGCAGCCGAGCGUCUUCAACAAGAGGAAGACAUGCUUCGCCACCGACUUGAGCAGAUUCAGUCGAUGAAACAACCUCGCUAUGACGACUUUGCUCGUGCUCCUCUCUAUCCUCGCUACAACCAACAGCCCGCUUUCGAUAUCGAAGCUCUCCGUCAACAAAUCGCUGCAGAAGAGCGUCAACGAAUUCUUCGUGAACAAGAGGAGGAGGCCAAGGUCCGCAAAGCGCGUGCUUUGGCGGUCGAGCGUCAGCGUGCUCUUGCUUUAGAGGAAGCGAAACUGGCAGCAGUCGUCCAACGAUCAUCGAGACCGACUUAUGUUGACUUAAACGAUCUGAUUCAUGGGUUGUCUACUCCGCCGUCCGCCAGACCCAGAGCAUCCAAACCCAGGGUCGCCCUCUUCGCUCCUGAAGUCGAAUCAGAGUCGACUCCCAUCGGCUUGGAGGACGUUCUGGCCACCAUAUUCGGUGUCAAGAAACAGCCAGCCCCGCCAAAGAAAGAGGCCGCAGUUGGCCUUGAACAGCUUUUGCACCACCUUGUUAACACUCAAGGCGCUGGGAACGCUGCUCAAGUCGAUGUCUCGCAGCUAUUCCAACAAUUCAUUGGUGGUCAGCAACCCCAACAACAGGCUGAGUCUUCUCAGCAACAACCGCAAGUCCCCACGGUUGAACCGAAGAAGAAAGAGGCAGCCCCUUGCCCUGCUCCGGCGCCCACCCCAGCCCAUGGCGGACUUGAGCAGCUUUUCAACCAGUUUGCUGGUGGUCAUUGUGCACCGAAUCAUGGCCAGGUCGACCUCUCCCAACUCUUGAAUAUGUUUAUGGGUGGUCAGCAGCCCCAACAGCCUCAGGCUGAGUCCUCGAAAUCUGCUGAAAGCCAGUUGAAGGCUGACUUGGAAGCACGCCUGUCUAGUGAACAAUCGAAAGAGGACCAAGAUCUCGCUGAAGCGAUUCGGAUGUCGCUCGCCGAUCUUGACGCUGCCAACUCAACUACCACCGAUUCCAAGGGCAAAUCACCCGCUCCCGCCCCCGUCAACGACGCUUCUAGCUCUGCCGCCGAAAUCAAAGCGAUAGAGGGCUCUUUUACGGCUCUUUCCAACGAAUGGGUUUUCCCCGACCAACUCGAUUUUUCGACCUCUCGCACUAGCUCGCCUGUCCGUGGCGGCGCUGAGUCGGAAUCAGUCCUCUCGAAGCUGACAUAUAGUGCGCACAAUCAACCGGUGCGGUACUACCAUCAGGCGUUGAGCAAGCUUCUUGCGCGUCUCGAUGCAGUGGACAGCUUUGGUGACGAAGAGGUUCGGCACGCUCGCAAGGAGGUGGUCGGGAAGGUCGAGGGAGCCUUGGACGAGGUGGAGAGCAUUGUUGAAUCUCGCUGGCGCAAGUCUGUUGGUCGCGCGCCACGAACUUCACCCGCUCCUGUUACGGAAGACGUUGCGAGCGAGACAACUACUACAUCUCCCUUCCAACCUGCUUCAGUUUCUCUCGAUACCCCAUCCACUCCCGCCCAAAGCGCUCCUUCACCUUCAUCGCAUCCCGACGAGUCAACUGAGACUAUUCGCCCCUACGGAGUCGAGUCCCCUUCACCUGCAAUCGACACAUUCUUACUCCCAGCUCAAUCUGAGGAGCAGAAACCACAGCGAAGAAAUGACGAGGAAGUGGGGAGUGAUUGGUCGGAAUUGGAUGCUUGA